AUGCAGCUCCUGGCAUCCCUCACCCUCUGCCUCUGCGCAGGGCUCAGCACCGCUGUCAUUCCAGCGGAGGAGGAGAAUCCAUCCUUCUGGUACAAGCAAGCAGCUGCAGCCAUCGAUGCCUCCUUCAAAAUCCAGCCCAGGAUAAAUGAAGCCAAAAACCUCAUCAUUUUCCUUGGGGACGGUUUUGGGAUCCCCACCAUCACAGCCACCCGCAUCCUCAAGGCACAGCAGAAGGGGAAGCUCGGGCCUGAGACCCCUCUUGCCCUGGAUGCUUUUCCUUAUGUGGCUCUGUCUAAGACCUACAAUGUGGACAGGCAAGUCCCUGACAGUGCAGGGACAGCCACAGCCUAUCUCUGUGGCGUGAAGGGCAACUACAAGACCAUAGGGGUGAGCGCGGCCGCCCGCCACUCAGAGUGCAGCACCACGGCCGGCAACGAGGUGAUCUCAGUGAUGAAGCGAGCCCGCAAAGCUGGGAAGGCAGUGGGCGUCGUGACCACGACGCGGGUGCAGCACGCGUCGCCCGCGGGAACCUAUGCCCAUGUGGUGAACCGGGACUGGUACGCGGACUCCAGCAUGCCCCAGGAGGCGCGGCUGCAGGGCUGCAAGGACAUCGCCUGGCAGCUGGUCCACAACGUCGACAUCAACGUGAUCCUGGGUGGUGGUCGGAAAUACAUGACCCCCGUGGGGACGCCGGACCCUGAGUACCCUGCCAACAGCAGGCAGAAUGGGAUACGUGAGGAUGGGAUAAACCUCAUCGACAAGUGGCUGGAGGCACGGCCGGGUGCCCGCUAUGUCUGGAACAGGACAGAGAUGCUGGCUGCUGCCGCCGACCCCAAUGUGAAUUAUUUGAUGGGUCUCUUUGAACCUGUGGACACGAAGUACAACCUGGUGCGUAACACCACCCUGGACCCGUCACUCACUGAGAUGACAGAGGCGGCCAUCACCAUCCUGAGCAGGAACCCCAAAGGCUUCUACCUCUUUGUGGAAGGUGGCAGAAUUGACCAUGGCCACCACGAUGGCGCAGCCCAUAAGGCUCUGACUGAGGCGGUGGAGUUUGACACGGCCAUCGAGCGGGCUGGCACCAUGACAGACGAGGCUGAGACCCUCACCGUCAUCACCGCUGACCACUCACACGUCUUCUCCUUCGGGGGCUACACCCUGCGUGGCUCCUCCAUCUUCGCUCUGGGCCAAAAGAAAACCACUGACGGGAAGAACUACACUUCAAUCCUCUACGGGAAUGGGCCAGGAUAUCCACAUGGUGAACGGCCCAACGUGGACCCAGAAACAGCCAUGCAGUUUGAUUACCAGCCACAGGCAGCUGUGCCACUGGAGUCGGAGACCCAUGGCGGUGAAGACGUGGCCAUCCUGGCCAAGGGCCCCAUGGCCCACCUCUUCCACGGGGUGCAGGAGCAGACCUAUGUAGCCCAUGCCAUGGCCUACGCCGCCUGCAUCGAGCCCUACACCGACUGCCGCCAGCGGAACUCUGGCCCUGGCACCCGCGCCACCCCCCUGGCCCUGCUCCUGCCUGCCCUCCUCCUGCCCCUCUUCCGCUGAUCCCCUGUCCCUAGGGCACCCCAC